AUGGGCGUUAUAGACGAGAAGCACAGCGGCUCGGAUCGCAACUCGACCGACAUCCGCGAUACAGAGAUUCAAUAUGCGGCCGAAGAGGUUCAGUGCCCGUCGCACACAACCGAGCGCAAAUUGAUGGCCAAAGUCGACAUGCGAGUCGUUCCUUUUCUCUGUAUCAUGUACUUGCUUGCAUUUUUGGAUCGUGUUAACAUCGCAAACGCAAAAUUGUUUGGCCUGGCCAAAGAUCUGGAUCUCGGCACCGGAGACAAGUACAACACCGCGCUAGUCAUCUUCUUCGUCCCUUAUUGUCUCUUCGAGGUCCCGUCCAAUAUCCUCCUCAAGAAGUUUAAGCCCCAUGUCUGGCUUUCGCUCAACAUGUUCCUCUUCGGCUUUACCACCAUGAUGCAAGGUCUGGUCAAGAACUACAGUGGCUUGCUAGCCACUCGCUUCUUCCUCGGCCUAUUCGAGACUGGCAUGUUUCCAGGAGCCUUCUAUCUUAUCGGCAUGUGGUAUAAGCGAUCCGAAGCCCAACGACGCUACUCAUUCUUCUUCAACAGCACGACCCUCGCCGGUGCCUUUGGUGGCCUUUUGGCUGCCGCCAUUGGCAAGAUGAACGGCAUGCGAGGCUACAGUGGCUGGCGCUGGAUCUUUCUUAUUGAGGGUGGUCUAACAGUCCUUGUCAGCUUCAUCCUCUUUUUCCUUCUCCCCGAUUUCCCGGAAGAGGCAAAGUGGCUGAAGGAAGACGAGCGCCAGUUUGUCGCAGCCCGCCUUCGCGUGGAUCAGGGCUCCGGUUCCGGUCUUGGGCGAUCAAUGACAAUCAAGGACAUCUUGAAUGUCUUCAAGGACUGGAAGGUCGUUGCUGGCGGCUUCAUGUACUUUGGUCUUAUUGUUCCCGCAUACGGCUAUGCUUACUUCGCUCCGACAAUUAUCUCGACAUUUCAAUAUGGCCCCAUUGAAACUCAGCUGCGCAGUGUUCCGCCGUGGGCUGCUGCCUUUGGCUUUUCCCUGCUCAUUGCGACCUUGUCUGAUAGAUUACGGCAUCGAUUCGCAUUUGCUGUUUUCGCCAUGUUUGUUGCUAUUGCUGGCUUUGCUAUUCUUCUCGCUGAGCACAGUAAUCACGACGUCCAGUACGGCGCACUGUUUCUCAUUACGUCUGGCGCGUAUACGGCCAUGCCCAUCAUUGUCUGCUGGUUCAAUAUGAAUCUAGGAAAUCACACUCGCCGUGCCGUCGGUAGCGCAUGGCAAGUUGGCUACGGAAAUCUUGGUGGUAUUAUUGCUGUCUUCAUCUUCUUGACCAAAGACGCCCCCAAGUUUACUACGGGCUACAGCGUGUGCCUGGCCUUUACCGGCAUUUCUAUGGUUGCGUCAGUGCUCUACGGGCUGGGGUGCUGGGCGGCGAAUAAGAAGAGAGACAAUAUGACAGAUGUCCCCCACCUCACAGAAGAGGAGAAGACGACGUUGGGUGACUUGUCCCCAGAAUAUCGAUACCUACUGUAA